UGGUGAAGGGCUGAGGGUGAGGUCAUAGCGAACGUGUUCUCCGUGGGGAUUUUCUUACGCGUAUUUAAAUAAAAUUGUGUACGGACAGGAUUAUUCAGGUGCAUAAUUGGAUUUAAGUGAAUAAUUAUGUAAAUUGACAUUGGCUCAAGAUGUUCCCAACAAAAUUUUUCGAGCAACUGUCGUUCGCUGUGCUGCUUCUGUGUUUAUCAUCGACGGCUAACAAUGAAUUAUCGCAAUGUUCUGCUCCUUUGGGAAUGGAAACAGGUGCUAUCAAAGACGAAGAUAUUACGGCGAGUUCGUCGUUUGACAGUGGGAACGUGGGACCGCAACACGCCAGGGUACGUACGGAAAUUAAUGGAGGCGCCUGGUGCCCGCAGACUUCAGCCACGGCCGAACCGGAAGAGUGGUUGCAGGUAGAUCUGCACACGGUGCACGUAAUCUCGUCCGUCGGAACACAAGGGCGCUUUGGCAACGGGCAAGGUGUCGAAUUUACAGAGGCCUACAUGCUGGAGUAUUGGAGGCCGCGCCUGUCGAAGUGGAUACGAUAUCGCACGGUGAACGGGGAUGAAGUGCUGAAUGGGAAUAUCAACACGUAUUUAGAAUCGAAAACUCAGCUUGAACCCCCAAUUUGGGCGACGAAAAUACGUUUCUUACCCUACAGUUACCAUAAGAGAACCGUGUGCAUGAGAGUGGAACUUUACGGCUGCCGAUGGUCCGAUGGAAUCGUCAGUUACUCGAUGCCACAAGGUGAUAAGCGCAGUCCCAAUUGGGAAUUCUACGAUAGCGCGUACGACGGUUAUUGGGACGGGGGCAAGCUGAAAGACGGCCUAGGUUUGCUUACCGAUGGUCACACCGGCCCCGACGAUUUUAAGCAGACCUUCUACGAUAACUCUCAGGGCUGGGUGGGGUGGAGGAACGACACGCGAGAGCAACGAUUUGUCGAGAUUAGCUUCGAAUUCGAUAAGAUUCGCGAUUUUACUGCCGUUCACAUUUUUGCCAACAAUCAGUUUACUAAAGACGUCGAGGUGUUUGCGAAAGCGGACGUUAUGUUCAGUAUCGGAGGUCGGCGGUACAAAGGCGAGCCUAUCACCUUUGACUACAUCGAGGAUCACAUAUUUGAAUCUCCGCGAAAUGUGUCCAUCAAGCUACAUCAUCGUAUAGGUAGGUUUGUCACCUUGCGCUUGUACUUCGCGUCGAGAUGGAUCCUGCUCAGUGAAAUUACCUUCGAUUCCGAUGUUGUCAAAGGAAAUUUUACGGAGGAAGAGGAAUACCCCCAGGAAAACGUAAUCCAGAUGUCCCCUUCUCAUCCGCCAGAGAUUAAUCGCAAACAGCAAGUCACAGCUGUCGAUUCGCCAAACGACAUGGGACAAUACUUGGGAAUUGUUGCGGGGUUGCUCUCAGUAUUAGCUCUGCUGGUUAUAUCGGUAGUUGUCUUCAUUUUAAUCCAGCAGAGGAGACACAAACACUCCACCGGACAAACUCAAGUACAGAACAACAGCGAAAAGGCGGCAUUGUACUGUGAACCUAACGUGGGCCGGCUAAACAUCAGCCCAAGCUACGCCGACGUCCGCGACCCGGAGUACGCCGUACCUCUCCAAUCUCAGAGCAGGCCAACCGCCCCAAACUUGCAGAACAUUUUCCCCAAACCUCCACCCAUCCCGCCCGCGCCCGAACGCUAUUACGCGGCCACCGAAAUUUGUAACUCCCGCUUCGUGCCUCCCUCCCCGCCUUUAUCAACGCCUCCCUUAGCCAGGUUGAAUAGGCAACCCCGAUACGUCUCCACAAAUGUGAACACCUACGUUGGACCAUAACUUGCUAACGAUUUACCUGUGAUACGUAAUUUUAAGAAUUUGUAAAUUUUAUGUGACCCUCUAUGUCUAAUUCCCGCAUAAUUGUUAAGGCUAGCGAUCUGUAAGGCUGAUGAAAUUUAAUAGUAUUAUUUUUAUUGUGUGUAUUUUUAUUUUUCAAAUGAGACAAUCUAUCACCGUAAAUAAGCGUAAUGUAGUUGUCAGGUUUUGUACAUAAUGCUUUUGUACAUAAUUGUAUCUCAAAAGUAAGGAAUAUAAUUUAUUGAAGUUAA